ACUGUGUUCAUAGAGGUUGUCACUUUGGUAGCUUUCCCGUCGGCUUUGGCUUUCUUACGGAUUUUUUGUCGUGAACCAGCCGCUACAUCUACGUCGAAAUGGCUGAUCAACUUACAGAAGAGCAGAUUGCUGAGUUCAAGGAGGCAUUUUCGCUCUUUGACAAGGAUGGAGAUGGCACCAUCACCACCAAAGAACUGGGCACAGUCAUGCGCUCUCUGGGCCAGAACCCCACAGAGGCAGAGCUGCAGGACAUGAUCAAUGAAGUGGAUGCUGAUGGAAAUGGAACGAUAGACUUCCCAGAGUUCCUGACCAUGAUGGCGAGGAAGAUGAAGGACACAGACAGUGAGGAGGAGAUCAGAGAAGCAUUCCGUGUCUUUGACAAGGAUGGUAAUGGAUACAUCAGUGCUGCUGAGCUGCGCCAUGUGAUGACAAACCUUGGAGAGAAGCUGACUGAUGAAGAGGUGGAUGAGAUGAUCAGAGAAGCAGACAUUGACGGAGAUGGACAGGUCAACUAUGAAGAGUUCGUACAAAUGAUGACGGCGAAGUGAAGGCCUUGUACAGAUUUCGUAUAUAAAUAAUUUGCCUUUUUUUCUUUGUGUAAUUUAUCUGUAAAAUCUUAAUAGCCCCCCCUUCGUCCCUGCCCCUUCUGCUGUCCAAAGGAACUGCAUGUAAACUGCAUAGGCUCUUGUCCCCAUGUCCCUUUCUUUUGCUGUCAUGGUGUUUUGGAGUGACGGAACGGUCAUACAACCAGAUGCCCGUGGAGGCCCCCUGGGAGCCAGAGAACUUCGAAUCUUCCCGUCUUGUGCUCGGGGCCCCUCCACGCAUGGCGACAUUGGAAACCUGUCAGCUGGUUGUCACUUGGCAACACUGUUGGCAUGGAAACAAUGUAGAGGAGUUUAAACUCUGCAUGGACUACGGACAAAGUAUAUAUGGAAAAUCUCUCAGCAUUGCACUACUGCAAAAAAAUGACACGGGUGUAUCUCCUAGGUACUCGUACAAACUCUUUUUGUAUCUGCUGUUCUAUAUACCAGAAAACGACUAAUCUUACCAUGCUUUUUAAUGUUUUACUCACUACUUUUGCUUUUCUUUCUUUCUUUCUUUCUUUUUCUUUUUUCUUUUUUCUUCUUUUUUUUUUCUUUUUUUUUUUUUUUUUUUUAAUGGCCUCUGGUCAUGCCUCAAAUAAUCCAUUCCAAGUUGUAUAUUUUUGUUUUCCAAUAAAAUUUACAAUCUACCCGGAUUUGAAAAUUGUCUUGUUUUCUCAGUUAUAAUGGAUCCUUGAGUUUGUAUACCCUGUAAUAAUUCCCAUUUUUGUAUUGAGAACAGGAUGCUCCGUUUUUUGAUAGGAUCUUUUUUUUUUUUUUUUUUUUUUCUCUUUUUCUUCUUGUUGCUUAGAAUACACAUGAAAUGUUUACCAUUUUAAGUGUCUCCUCCCCCCCUGUUAAUUCCCCCCAAAAAGCACUGAGGAGCAUCAGCCAAUGCCUCUUAAUGUUCAGAUAAGCUCAGAUCAAAUCUGUAUUGUCAUUAAAUAAAAGCACUGAGUGGGAUCAAAGGCCUCUAUCUUGAAGUGCAGUGGUACUCGACUUUAGAUCAGCCUUGUACUGUCCAGCUCCCUUAACUGACUGCAUAGGCCAUGUGUUGUCUGCUGCUGUUAGCACGGCACCAUGUGGAAGCUGACUGCCUCAUGUCUUACUUGGCAUUUGCCCCCUAAUCACAAGGUGCAGGUGAUGGAGAGUGCAUCAGAAACCAUGGUGUAAAUAGAGGUGUACCUGUUUCUUUUUUUCCCCCUUUUUUUUUUUAUGUUAAUUUCUGAUUGAGUUUGUUACAGUAGCUUGCAGAGAUACUAAGUUUGUUAUUUUGAUGAAUGACAAAAUAAAGCUCUAUUGUGGACCUCUU